GAAGGACCAUCAGAAUGUUCCACCUGUGCAGUACAGGGAACUGCGGGCCUUGCUUGAAGCAAUGCUGAGCCGCUGUGCAGACUUUUCCCAGACCCCGCUGAACAGGAAGCCCCUGGGUCAUGCCUCCAGUAGAGAUUCAGAGAAGGCCAUUCUUCGAAGGGGAAAUUUCCUCCUGAGCACUCUGGAGGGAUUUAGAAAUGCCUGCAGGUUGGCUGUGGAAUUCCAGAGCGAGCCUUCAGCCCAGGAGAACCCAUUUACAGCUCCCAGUGCCGAGAAGGAAGACACUCUGGAGGCCUUCUCAGAAUUUCUUCUCAGUGCCUGUGACUCCCUUUGUAUCCCCCUGGUGAUGAGGCACUCAGAGCAGGCCACCCACCCAAACUUGAUGGAAGUUUUCCUCUCGAUUCUACACAACCUCUUUGUCAUCGUUCCCCACAUGAAGGAGAAGUUCUCCAAGAAACUCGCUUCAUCAUCUUUCAUACGACUAACCCUGGAACUGAAGGCCAGGUUCUGCAGCAACCUGAGUCACUCAGCCCUAAAUCAGGUAUGUUCCAGUUUCCUCUUCUAUAUGAGCCUCAACCUCCUCUCAGCUCCAGAGAAGACAGGACCACCUUCCCAGGAAGAACUCUCUGCAGUAUCUGCAUUCCUGCAGCAUGGGCUGCCCCAGAUAAGCAGCAGGAGCCCCGAAAGCCUUGCCUUCCUGUCAGAUCGCCAGUAUGUGGAGGGAACUGCUCGCCAGAGACAGUACUGCAUCCUGCUCCUCUUCUACCUGGCCUACAUCCACGAAGACAGGUUUGUCUCAGAGACAGAAUUGUUCGUGGCUGUGCAAAGUUUCCUCCUGUCUCUGCAGGAGCAGGGUGAGCGCCCUCCACUGGUGGUCUUCAGAGCCUCCAUCUAUCUGCUUGCAAUCUGCCAGGACAAAAACGGAACACUAGAUGAGGUAUGGACCAAAAUGCCUGGGGCUCUUCCUCCUCCUGCUGCACCCCUUUACAUCAUGGCUCCUUGA